AUGCUCAACACGCCGCUGGGCGAGUUUGAAGUGCAGCGAACACUGGGGCAAGGCAGCUACGGGAAAGUUAAGCUAAUGCGGUCCGCGCUGACCCAUGAGCAGUUUGCGGUCAAGAUUAUUAAGCGGUACCCGGCACACAAGCACCGGCGCGGUCACCAUGAGUACCGCAAGGCAAAAACUUUGGACCGCCGCGUAGUGCGUGAGGCCAACUUGGCAGCAAUCCUCGGGCAGUUGCACCCACAUAUUGUCCCGCUGCAUGAUUUUCGCGUCACCGACACGCACUUUUACCUGUUCUACGCCUAUGUUAACGGGGUCACCUUGGCCGAACGCGUUGGGUGCUCUGGUCUUGGCGAAGCUGAGGCGCGCGCAGUGUUCAAGCCAGUCGUAGAGACAAUCGCGUUUUGCCACCAGUACUCUGUCAUUCACCGCGACAUCAAGCUGGAAAACGAUUACCGCACGGCAUCGGUAUUUGACGGACGCGUUAAGAUUAUCGAUUUUGGGCUGGCCAAUUUUUUUGACGGCACCUCUCUAAUGGAGACAUUCUGCGGCAGCCUUCCAUACACCGCCCCUGAGAUUUUGCGCGGCGACGCCUACGUCGGACCCGAAAUCGACGUGUGGUCGCUGGGUGUCCUACUUUACGUCAUGCUCACGGGCCAGUUUCCAUUUGAGGACCCGGCGCAGGCCAAGAACUUUGACAAAAUUAUGGCCGGCGACUUUUCGCUCAAGCCGAGCAUGAGCCGUGAACUUCAGGACCUUCUUCUGCGCAUGCUCGAGCCCAAUGCCAAGCGCCGCAUUACAAUGAAAGCCAUAUUGCACCAUCCAUGGCUG